AUGACUCUGGCAGAGAAGACGAAUAUCACCGCAGGAACGGGUAUCUACAUGGGUGAACGUUGUGCCGGUAACUCAGGCUCUGCUCUCCGAGUCUCCUUCCCCCAGCUGUGUCUCAACGACAGCCCUGCGGGCGUCCGACAUGCGGACAAUGUAACGGCGUUCCCUGACGGAAUCACCGUCGGCGCAACAUUCGACAAGGCGCUCAUGUACCAGCGCGGUGUGGCCAUUGGAAAGGAGAAUCGCGGCAAGGGCGUCAACGUCUGGCUGGGACCAACGGUUGGACCAAUAGGCCGCAAGCCAAAGGGCGGCCGCAACUGGGAGGGCUUUGGUGCUGAUCCUGUGCUUCAAGCCGUCGGUGCAAGAGAGACGAUCAAGGGCGUUCAGGAGCAGGGGGUCAUUGCGACUAUCAAGCACUUUCUUGGCAACGAGCAGGAGAUGUACCGCAUGUACAACCCCUUUCAAUAUGCAUACAGCUCAAACAUUGAUGAUAGGACGCUGCAUGAACUCUAUGCUUGGCCAUUCGCUGAGGGCAUUCGAGCGGGUGUUGGCGCCGUCAUGAUGGCAUACAAUGCUGUGAACGGUACUGCGUGCUCUCAGCACCCCUACCUCAUGAAUGCCCUCCUCAAGGACGAGAUGGGCUUUCAGGGCUUCAUCAUGACCGAUUGGCUCGCUCACAUGUCCGGUGUCGCUUCUGCCAUUGCCGGCCUGGAUAUGGACAUGCCUGGCGACGUUCAGAUCCCCUUCUUUGGCGGCUCAUACUGGAUGUAUGAGCUCACUCGGUCCGCUCUCAACGGUUCCGUUCCCAUGGAUCGCAUCAACGACGCGGCUACACGAAUAGCGGCUGCAUGGUACAAGAUGGGCCAGGACAAGGGAUACCCCGCGACGAAUUUCGACACCAACUCCCGUUCUGCAGUCAACCCGCUGUAUCCUGCUGCGUUGCCCUUGUCGCCGUUUGGAGUCACGAACGAGUUUGUUCCGGUCCGAGCCGACCACGACGUUAUUGCUCGCCAGAUUUCUCAGGAGGCUAUUACCUUGUUGAAGAACGACGGCGGCAUCCUUCCUCUAUCGCCAUCGCAGCACCUCAAAGUUUUCGGCACUGACGCGCAGAAAAACCCAAAGGGCAUCAAUUCAUGCACAGAUCGCAACUGUAACAAGGGAACUCUGGGCCAAGGAUGGGGAUCUGGUACGGUUGAUUACCCGUAUUUGGACGAUCCCAUCUCAGCUAUUACAGCCGAGGCAGACAAUGUCACCUUUUACAACACGGACAAGUUCCCUUCUGUCGGCGAUGUAUCAGACAGCGAUGUCGCCAUCGUCUUCAUCAACUCGGACUCGGGCGAGAACACUUACACCGUGGAAGGCAACCACGGCGACCGCGACAAAUCUGGCUUAUACGCAUGGCACAACGGCGACGAGCUGGUGCAAGAUGCCGCUAGCAAGUUCAGCAACGUCGUCGUCGUGAUACAUACCGUCGGCCCCCUGAUUCUCGAGAAGUGGAUCGACCUGCCAUCCGUCAAGGCUGUGCUCAUUGCACACCUGCCCGGCCAGGAAGCUGGAAAGUCACUUACAAAUAUCCUCUUUGGACACACCUCGCCGUGCGGACACUUGCCUUACUCCAUCACGAAAGAGGAGGACGACCUGCCCAGUAGCGUCACCACGCUCAUUGACUCGGAGUUUCUCAACCAGCCGCAAGACACAUACACGGAGGGUCUGUACAUUGACUACCGCUGGCUCAACAAGAACAAGACUAAGCCUCGCUACGCCUUUGGUCACGGCCUGAGCUACACAAACUUCACCUUCAAGGCAGCAUCGAUCAAAAAGGUCACCCAGCUAAGCACAUACCCUCCGGCUCGCGCGGCCAAGAGCAAUGUCCCCAGCUUUGCGCAGUCCAUUCCAUCUGCGAGCGAAGCCGUCGCGCCUUCGGGCUUCAACACAAUCCCCCGCUACAUAUACUCCUGGCUGUCGCAGGGUGACGCCAACCAAGCCGUUCUUGAUGGUGAGACGGGCAAGUAUCCGUACCCCGACGGCUAUUCCACCACCCAGAAGCCCGGCGCUCGUGCUGGCGGCGGCGAAGGAGGCAAUCCUACGCUCUGGGACGUUGCGUACAACCUCACGGUGACGGUGCAGAACACGGGCGAUGACUUCGCUGGCAAGGCAUCCGUGCAGGCGUAUCUCCAAUUUCCGGACGAUAUCGACUACGAUACGCCCAUUGUCCAGCUCCGUGACUUUGAAAAGACAAAGGAGCUGAAGCCAGGGGAGACGACGACUGUGACGCUGACGCUUACACGCAAGGACGUCAGUGUGUGGGACGUGGUGGCGCAGGAUUGGAAGGUCCCCGCGGUUGAUGGAGGAUAUAAGAUAUGGAUUGGGGAUGCCAGCGAUUCGCUGAGUAUUGUAUGUCAUGCCGAUACUUUGCAAUGUGAGACGGGUGUCGUUGGGCCGGUGUAG